GUUAACCUCAAUUUCAGAAAUGCUCGGCUUGCAGACGCUUUUCACGAGUUCCAGAUAAACAAUAAAGAUCAAAUAAAUACCAACAAAUUGACGUGACCAAGGGAUAGAUUGUCGAUCGAACAAAUGCCCAUGAAGUGUAAAUUCACAGAAGGUGAGAAGGUGCUUUGUUUCCAUGGGCCACUCAUCUACGAGGCCAAAUGCCUGAAAUCAUCGGUAUCCAAGGAGAAGCAGGUUAAAUACUUCAUACACUACGCCGGUUGGAAUAAAAAUUGGGAUGAGUGGGUGCCGGAAAGUCGUGUCCUCAAGUACAAUGAGGCGAAUGUCCAGAAGCAGAAGGAAGUGCAGAGGGCCCAUGAUGCCCAGCAGUCGACCCAGAAGGGAAAGAAGGGGACUUCGGUGGUAAAGACCACAGGGAGGAAGAGUGAUGUUAUCAAGGACAAGGGCUCAGAGAGUAGGGCAAGCACGCCGGUGCCUGGUAGUGAUAAAGUCUCCACGAGAGUCAAUAAAAACAGCAGUGGAUCUGUCACUCCUUCCUCACAUGACUCUUCCUCGGACGCUCCCAGGAAGAAGCGAAGCAGGAUUGAUCCCUCCGUGGAAACCGAGGAGCAGUUCUUGACGAAGGUCGAGGUGAAGGUUAAACUUCCUGACGAGUUGAAGCCCUGGCUCGUUGACGACUGGGAUGCCAUCAGUCGACAGAGGAAAUUAGUCACUUUACCUGCCAGGCACACUGUCGACCAGAUUCUCGAUGAUUACGUGAAGUUCAAGACCUCUAGCAAAACUAAUACCCCUAAUAAAGAGAGUGCUGUACUGGAAGUUACGAAGGGCCUUCGAGAGUACUUCAAUGUCAUGCUGGGGACGCAAUUGCUUUACAGAUGGGAGAGACAGCAGUAUGGGGAAAUAAUGUCUGAGAAACCAAAUACACCGCCCAGUCAAAUUUAUGGGGCCUCACAUUUACUGCGAUUGUUUGUUAAGCUUGGAAAUAUGUUGUCAUAUACACCCUUGGACGAGAGGAGUAUUCAACUUCUGCUGUCCCACAUCCACGACUUCCUCAGGUAUCUCCACAAAAAUAGUAGUGACUUAUUUAGCCUCCAGGACUACGGCGCAGCUCCACCAGAGUAUCACCGAAAAUGUGGAUGAACAAACGUAAUAAAUAUAUAAAGCCCAUUUUCGUAAUUUUUUAAUGAAUGAGAACUAAAUGUGUUAGCCGACAAUUCAUCGUAUGACCAGAAUUUCUUUUUCUCUCUGCGUUGAAUCAUUGAGAACUUUAAUUCCCACGGAAAUUACUAUUUCGUCCUGACACACGGCUCACAAAUUUUUUCGUUUUUCCCACGUUGUGACAAUUGCUAGAUUAAUUAAAUAAUCAAGACCCACGAAAAUAUGACCACCCGCAUCCCAAUUCGUCUAAUUUUGUACAUAAUUUUGAAGAAUAAAAAAAAACUACGACUUUCAUUUCUUAAUUUGUGAUUCCUAAAAAAUUGAUUGUAUCUCGUGAUUGCGUCAAUGUCAACCCAUUAAGAGAGAUUAUUCAUCAGAUGAAAAAAUACAGACCAAUCACCUGUCUACUCUUUCAAAAUAGCACUUUAUUCUGUUCUUCGAUAUAUUUAAUUACAAUAUCACCUCCUCCAUUCGUCUCAUGACAAAAAAAAAAAAGAUUAUGCGAAAAUAGCGAUUUACACUGCAUCUUUUGUACAAUUAUAUUCUCUAUAAAAUUUUUGCUCAAUAUAAAUGAAUUUCUCCCUUAUUAUUCUCUAAACAGUUCAACAUAAACGAUUGAUUAAAUUGUGAUGAUCCUGUUUAUAACAUUCUGGAUAAAAAAUAAUUGAAGUAUGUGUGAGAAUAAAAAAUAUAUCUGUAAUAAACAAGAUAGACUGGGAUGAACAAGUCUUCGAUAAAGACGAGUAAAAAAUUAAUUCCCCUCGUAAUCUGAAUUGGCGAUUUCCAUCGAAGGAUCAUUGAUUCCCUAGUGAUUUCUAGAAUUCCACGAGACCCAAUCCCAGGCUGACAGCCACGUCGAAUCAGAUAUAAAAGAGGCCUAUCUCACCGGAGAUUAUGAGAUUAUU